CUGUCCCUGUGUCGCAACUCCCUGAUAACAACGGCUAUAAAGGAGUCACGGGGCCGGCGCGGCCGCAGCGGCCGGACAGGGCAGGGGACAGCGGCGAGCCGACCCUCUCAGAGCUGCCACCACCACCACCAUGCCGCGGCUUCCGCUCUUCCUCCCGCUCCUCAUCCUCAGCGGCGCCACGGCCGCGUCCGUCGUCACCCCUGGGCCGGCUGCCGGUGACCGGGCGCUGCUGGCCGAGCUGCUGGCGCUGGCAGAGCCCAUCCCUCCACGGGCACCGGAGAUCCCGUGCCAGACCCUUCGCCCCGACGCCCUGCCCGGUUUCUCCCGGCUGCCACCGCUGCCCCGCGGCCUGGCCCGUGCCGCCAUGGCCCUGGCGCUGCUCAAGGCUGGCUGUGCCCCCCAGGCCGAUGUCGAGGCGCUGGAGCUGGCACGGGAGCUGGGGACCCCCAUGGCCACAGCGCUGCUGCGGGGGCUGGCGCGGCUACCGGGCGCUCCGGCCCCGCGGCCGCUGGCGCUGCUGCUCCUCAGCCUGGCACGACCGGGGGGCUCUGCCUGCACAGAUCCCACCCGGCUCCAGACCCCCACGCCCGGCACGGAGCCCACGCCGCCGUCGGGCUGGGAAUUCCCGGUGGUCCGGCCGUGCCGCGGCGCCGUGCGGCGCCGGCGGGAGGACGAGGACGCGUGCAGCCCGGCGGGGGAGCAGGAAGCCCACCGGGUGCUGGACUGGGUGCCGGGAGUCAGCAUCUUCUACAACCUGGGCACCAGCGUCUACUUCGCCUUCCAGGGCUGCCAGGACAAGGCAUCCACGCGGGCGCUGGAGGCCGCCGAGGACCUGGGCUACGCCGGGCUGGCCGCGCUCACCGGGGGCUUGGGGGGCCCGGUGGCCAUGGGGGUGCAGCUGGGGUUACAGCCGGGGCUCAAGGCCGGCGUGCGGGCGCUCGUCGGGUACUUCACGUCGGCUGGGGAGCCCUUGCCGGUGCCCACCGCCCACAGCGGCGCCGUGGUCAUCGUCUGAAUAAAGGCCACGUGUGGCAUUCGGCGCUGGGUCGGUGUUUGGGGACGGAUCGAUGAGGGGUCACCCUGCCCUGGGGCACCCGGACCUUGGCCACGUGGUGGCAGCUGGGCUGGGCUUGUUCCUGUCCCUUUGUGGCUCUGUCUCUGUCCCUGCAGCCCCUGUCCGCACAGCCAGCCCAUCCCGCGGCCACGCUGCCUUGUCCCUGU